AUGGGCCUGGGCCACUCCAAGCAUCAGCCUCGGGUGAUCAAAGUCACACCUUUACAAAGCCAAGAGGCGGAGACUCCCUCAGCUGGCCCUGUGUUCUACGCAUUCAAUCGGAACCUGGAAGAAAAGAACUCAGACCCAUUCUCGAGACUACAGGACCAAAAUUCAGGUCUGGAAAGACAGCUACCACCUCUCCGAGAAACCUGGUAUGGAAGACAUCCUGCAGUAUCCAGGUCCAUGUGUCUUGACAUCCCACUGAAACAUGAAGAAUCAAGCAUUAUCAAAAGGCAUCCACCCCGAAGAAUUCAAAAGCUUGACCCCAUUGACCUGCCACAAGUAAUUACCUCUGAGCAACUCCUGCGCCAGCGAGAAGCCAGAACAGAACACAAAGCAGAGCAGGAACCUGAGAAGAAAAUGAAGCUCCCGAUGUACACCUCUGGGAAGAGACAGUAUUUACAUAAGAUGCAAAUGCUGGAGCGGAACCAUAGAAGGCAGGAGGCCCAAAUGGAGUUGCUGAAGAGUCUUCAGAGUGUAGCAAGACUUGAUAUGCAGAAGCGGAAAGACCAUAAUGGCAAUAAAAUCACCCAAAGCUUGCCAAGGAACAAUAGCUGUGACGUUAUCACCAUACUGCCUGAUGAAACCCCAAACAGAGACCCAGGAAGUUCACAGGAUGAAGAAUUUUUGGACUAUCACAGAGAGAAUGAUUAUUGUGUCCGGAAAAUUGGCAAAAUGGAAGCGUGGCUCCGUGAGCAAGACGCCAAAGGACAGCUUUUCUGGAGCAGCUCCAGCUAUGACUCUGACGAGUUUGAGGAGGAUCAGAAGAGGCCGCAAGCACUGGUGAGGACCAGGACGGAGAGGGUCCCACUUUAUGAUGAGUUUUAUGACCGAGAAUGA